AUGCCAAAUGAUGAAGAUAUUCUUGAAGCACUUCGUUGUUCCAUUGGUUUAGUAUCUCUAGUUUACAUCUGUCGACUAUAUAUUAAAUUAUCAACUUUUCGAUCAACAAUUUUACCGUCUACUGCUCGAACACAACUGAUAAAACAAGCAGUAAAUGAUCGUUAUGGCAGCAAUCAUACAACUGAAGAUAUUAUUAUGGUGACAAACAUGAUCGAAAUAAAUAAAGAUAUUAUCAAUCGAGUACUGCUACUGUCAGAUUUUGACAGAAAUAGUAUCAAAUUUGAUAUAAAUCAUAUUACAAUGGAUGUUUUAAAUGACUUGAUCUUAUUUCCAUUCACCAACAUCUGUAUUGAUUGCAAAAAAUCUCUAACUUCAUAUCGAUACAAAUCAAUUCAUGUUAUUGAUUGUUUUAAGAUUAUUCGAGCAGUAGCUGUAACUGCUGAGUGUAAACCGUGCUCACUAGUUUAUAAUCAUUCAUCUUGGUAUUCAUUAAAAUAUCGAUGGCGAAAGAUCAAUAAUUCAUCGUUAAAUAGUAUGCUCAAAGUAUAUUACUUAUGUGAUUCAUUUGGAUUUACAUAUUCGAUUUUCUUCGAUUAUACAUGCCAACUUUUACACGAUCAAUGUCCGUUUCAAUCUUUUUCUCGAAUACUUAUUGAUAGAUAUAAUUAUGAACACCAAAACAACAAUAUUAUUCUUCAACCUAUUCAAUUGGCAAAAUUAUUUCAAUGUCACUGGUUAUUAUAUCAAAUUGUACGCUUUGAAUUCAUGUUAGGAAGAACACAAAUAGUAAAUUUACCUGUUUCACUUAAUCGAAAUGAACUUAAUUAUCAUUUUGAAUGUUAUUCCGGUUGGUGGUAUCAUUUAUUUACUACAUUUUGGUCAAGACAUAAGUCAAUUCCAAAUAUAAAGUGUUCUCCAUCGGAUUGUAGCCGAUGUGUUAUUGUAGAUGGUCAUCAAAAAUGUCGACGAUUAGUAUGUAGUUUUAAAAACGCUGUCGAUACUUCCAUUGAAGAAAUGACUGCAAUUGAAACUGGUUGCCCAUAUACACCUUGCCGAAGAACAGAAUCAUCCAAUUCAGUUGAUUUAGUUUAUUGUCGAUAUCAUCAACCAUCAAUUCUUUUGUCAUCUUCUAUUAAUUUACAAAAAGCUGAUGAUAUGGCUGCUGGAUUCUCGGUAAUAGUAUUAUAUUGACUGAGUGAUCUUUUAGAAAUUAAGCAUUAGACGAUGAUUAGUAUGUAAAUAUUCGACAAAUUAACUAUCGUAGUAUGAUUGUAAUAUAAAUACUAUUUAUCAGACCUUUCA